UUGUCCAAAUACGUGUCACUCAUAGAUUUUCCUAUCCAAGAAAGUGAGGAACCCCAUUCCUAUACAUAUUAUGGUAUUAUCACAAUAUCACCUUCAAAUUUUAACAUUUCAAAAAUUAUAUUCUGUCAAAGAUGCUCGAGGGAAGAAGAAUUUCGUACGAAGAUGACGGCGCCCCCACCGACUGCCCGCCUAAAGCAGGGGAAACUCGAACUAGGAGAAGGACGUUGAUGAUGGGAAUACGCGAAACUCAUUCUAAAUCAGAACAACAAACGCAGCCGGAUGAGAAAUCACCGGAGAAGCAACAAAUCGACGUUGAGACACUGAGGAAGCGGUCGAGGCAGGAGUAUUUGAUGAUGAGAGAGAAGAAGAAACUGGAACAACUGAUAAAUGAUGUAGAAGACCAGGAAUACUUGUUCCAAGGCGUCGAUCUCACUAGCGAGCAGAGAUUGAAGAGACAGAUCUGCGAUCUCGUUGGAAAGAAAAUCGAUUGCUCCAAAGAAUAUAGGAUUCCUGAAUCUUAUGAUGGAAAUCGGCGAAAGGGAUUCGAUGCAGCAUUGCAGCGUUACACCGAUCCAGAUCCUGAUCCAGCUUGGGAGGAGCACCAAUUCGGAAAAGCAAUUAUGAAACAUCAGAAGAAGAAUUGCGAUUACGAGUUUGUGUUUGAACAUCAGAUCGACUCUGUUAAGACGGAAUUGAUCGAUAGCGGUGAUAGAAUUGAGGAAGAAUCGCCAUUGCCAGAGCUGGAAAACGAGAAGAAGAAUUUGCCUAUCUACGCCUACAAGGAACAGUUGAUGAAGGCGGUGGACGAUCACCAGGUGCUUGUGAUAGUAGGUGAGACCGGCUCCGGGAAGACGAUUCAGAUACCGCAAUUUCUCGACGAGGCGGGGUACACGCGACGAGGAAUGAUCGGAUGCACGCAGCCACGGCGCGUGGCGGCCAUGAGCGUCGCCGCUCGAGUUGCUCGAGAGAAGGGGGUGAAGCUAGGGAACGAAGUCGGCUACUCGAUUCGAUUUGAAGACCGCACAUCGCAGAAGACGGUUCUGAAAUACAUGACGGAUGGAAGGUUACUCCACGAAUUCCGUCAACAGCUUCGCAAAGAGCCGAUUCUCGCGAGCUACAGUGUGAUAAUGGUGGAUGAGGCACAUGAACGAACAGUCAAUACAGACAUUCUCUUCAGUUUGCUCAAGGAUGUUACUCGAGCUCGUCCCGAUUUCAAAUUGAUCAUCUCCAGCGCAACUCUUGAUGCAAUCAAGUUCAGUGAUUACUUCGAUUCAGCCCCAAUUUUCACAAUUCCCGGAAGGAAAUUUCCGGUUGAAAUACUUUACACUAGGGCACCGGAGCCAGAUUACUUGGCUGCUGCUGUUGCUACUGCUCUUCAAAUUCAUGCCACGGAGGAGGCCGGAGACGGAGACAUCCUUGUUUUCUUGACAGGGCAGGAGGAGAUUGAGGCGGCGGAGGUAAUUGUUAGUGAAAAGAUUAGAAAGGUGGGAACAAAAAUGGCUGAACUCAUAAUUUGCCCAAUUUAUGCAAACUUGCCUUCAGAGGUGCAGGCUAGAGUGUUUGAUCCUACUCCAAAGGGGGCAAGGAAGCUUGUUCUUGCAACUAACAUAGCUGAAACAUCUUUAACAAUAGAUGGGAUCAAAUAUGUUGUGGAUUGUGGCUUUGCCAAGAUGAAGUCAUACAGUCCUCGGGUGGGAAUGGAGUCGUUGGUGGUGGAGCCUAUCACGAGAGCAUCGGCGAAUCAACGGGCUGGGAGAUCUGGUAGAACGGGUCCAGGUAAAUGCUUCCGGUUGUAUACUGCUUAUACUUUUGCUAAUGAAUUGGAUGAAAACAUCGUGCCUGAAAUACAGAGGACUAAUUUGGGGAACGUGGUGCUGACUCUCAAGAGCCUCGGUGUUGAUGAUCUGCUGCAUUUCGACUUCAUGGACCCUCCACCGGCUGAAGCUUUGGUUAAGGCGUUGGAGCUUCUUUAUGCUCUUGGAGCUCUCAACAAGAGAGGUGAGUUGACAAGAGUUGGAGAGGUUAUGUCUGAAUUCCCGCUUGAUCCAAUGUUAUCUAAGAUGAUUGUUGCUUCUGAGAAAUAUGGUUGUUGUGAUGAGAUCAUAUCGAUUUCUUGCAUGCUAUCUGUUGGGAAUUCGAUCUUUUGCAGGCCUAAGGGGAAGGAAAUUCUAGCAGACAACGCGCGUAGGAGUUUCCACAUGGGAGACGUGGGAGAUCACAUUGCAUUGCUCAAUGUAUACAAUUUUUGGAAGGACAACAAUUUCUCAUCUCAAUGGUGCUAUGAAAAUUAUGUGCAGGGGAGGAGCAUGAGGCGGGCUAGGGAUAUACGUGAUCAGCUGGAGAGGCUGGUGGCACGGGCUGGCAUCCCGCUGCUGUCAAAUGUGAAUGAUUUGGACGCGAUCAAGAAGGCCAUAGCAUCGGGGUUCUUCCCCCACUCUGCUAGGUUGCAGAAGCACGGGGACGGGUAUGUGACUGUGAAACAUAAGCAGAAUGCGUGUAUCCACCCGAGUUCUGGUCUAGCAGAGGUGUGUCCGAGAUGGGUGAUGUACCAUGAAUUGGUGUUGACGACGAAGGAGUUCAUGAGGCAGGUGACUCAACUCAAACCAGAAUGGCUGCUUGAGGUCGCUCCUCAUUAUUACAAAGUGGAAGAGGUCGGGAUCUGAAUCUCACUAUUCAACUGCAUAAUAUUGUCAUCAAAUAAUGUGGCUCAGUAUUUUUCAUAUAUUGUGGUAGUUGUUUGUUGAACUUGUUAUGUUUCUUUCAAAUAUAGAGGCCCUUGUACUUGUGAAAAUUGAUUAUGUAUUAUUUGAUGUUUUUACAUUUGUUUUGAUAUUAAGAUUAGUGAAAAAGCUUCGGAUGUCUAA